AUGCGCUGCACAGAGCUGAAGGCCGCCCGCCAGAAGGCGCGCGCAGAAGGCCCACCUGCUGCUGCUGAGUGUCUCCCAAUCACUCUGUCGCUGCAGCAGCCAGCAGCAGCAGCAGCAGGAGGCAUGCUGUACGCAGCAACGCGGACGCUGCAGCAGCUGCGGCUCAUAGAAGGAGCGCAGCGCCUUCUCCGCAUAGAACCCACGCAGCAGCAGCAGCAGCAGCAGCAGCACAAACAACUGGAGAAACACACAGAAUGCAAUCACACUAGCAGCAGCAACGGCGCCAGCAGCAGCAACGGCACCAGCAGCAGCAACGGUAACAGCAGCAGCAACGGUAACAGCAGCAGCAGCAGCAGCAGCAGCAAAGUCCGAGAGGCCCUCGUCACCAUUCGCAACGUGUCUGCUUUAGGGAAGGCUGAGGCUCUUCCCCUAAUGCAUUUUGUUGCGAGCGCAGACGUAUGGUGGGCUCUUGGGCUGGGCCCGCAGCAGCAGCAGCAGCAGCAGCAGCAGCAGCAGCAGCAGCAGCGGAGCCAGCCGACGCAGCUGUCGGUGGCCGCCUCGCUGCUGCCGUUGUUGCAUGCGCCCGUCACGUGCACGGACCUGGAGCUGCUGCUGCUGCACGUGUACACAGUGAACCCGCAGCAGCAGCAGCAGCAGCAGCAGCAGCAGCAGGAGUUGCUGCAGCUUGAAGCAGCAGCGACGGCCGCCGGCGGCGCAGCAGCAGCAGCAGGGCUGGACGAGUGUGCGCCUCGAGCGCCAGCGGCGUGGUGGGCGGAGCUGCUGGGGGGCGGGGGCGCGAGCAGCAGCAGCAGCAGCAGCAGCAGCAGCAGCAAGAAGCGCAGCAGCAGCAGCAAGGCCUG